UCUCUCUCUCUCUCUCCUCUCUUUUAAGCUCUGUGGCUGAUUCUUUCCCAUCUCUCUCUCUCUCCUCUCAGAAUCCGCCGCCACGCCUUUACACAUGGCAUGGCUGAGCCGCGUGAGAGGAGUUUCGCCGUUGCCAAGGCUCGUAGCGACGCGUCGAUCCUUCGGAUCAGCGGCGGCGUUGGAGUUUGACUACGACUCCGAUGACGAACAUCUGUACGGAGAUGAUCGCCGUUUGGCGGAGCCGAGACUCGCUUUGGAUGGGUCCGGGCCGGAGAGGGGAGUCCAGUGGGUGCUGAUGGGCGCGCCUGGUGCCUUGCGGCAAGUCUUCGCCGAGCGGCUCUCCAACAUUCUUCAAGUUCCUCACAUUUCCAUGGGAUCGCUUGUCCGUCAAGAGCUCAACCCUAGAUCUUCUCUCUACAAGCAGAUUGCAAGUGCUGUAAAUGAAAGAAAGCUUGUUCCAAAGGGUGUUGUGUUUGCUCUUCUAUCAAAGAGGCUGGAAGAAGGGUUUGUCAGAGGGGAAACGGGUUUCAUUCUUGACGGAAUUCCUCGCACUCGUAAUCAAGCCGAAACUCUUGAUCAAAUCGCUCAGAUUGACCUCGUUGUGAAUCUUAAAUGCUCGGAGGAGCAUCUGGUAAACCGAGCUGCUCUAAAUGCAGCAGCUCUGCCUCGACAGGAGUUCCUCGGCUCUAUGUUACACUCAGCGGUUGCAAUCAAAGCUCGGAAGGAGAGUCUCGGUGUCUACGCAGAGGAGGUUAAGCCCCUGGAAGAGUACUACAGGAAGCAGCGGAAACUUCUGGACUUUCAUGUCGGCGGUGCCACAUCAGCAGAAACAUGGCACGGCUUGUUGGAAGCUCUGCAUCUGAAGCAGGCUAAUUUGGCGACUUCACAGAAGCUGACCCUCUGAUGGUGUUCCGCAAAGCUUCGCUUUAUCAAUUUUGAUCUUUCUUUUAUGUGUCUGUUUCAGGCUCCACCUAAUUUUCUUUUGAUUUUUUUGUUUUUUUUUGUUUUCACAAUAUGUAAUUCAAAAGUUUUGCGAGAGAUCCAUAGUGACGUGGAUGAGACACUACAGCUUGUAAUGAGUCUAUAUAUAUAGCAAGAAUUCCUCUCUCUUAACUUAAUGUUAUUCGUGAUAAUUCUUU